AAGAAAUAGGUGCCGCCCGCUGAGAGCUUUAUAAGCACCUCUUCACCUUCUUUCUCUCUUCACUUUCUCCUCUCUUUUCUUCUUUAACAUUUCUCACUUUUCUCUCUGCAAAGAAAAGCAGAAACCAAGAAUGUGCGACUCAGACUUUCUCUCUCGAUGUUCCUCUUACGAGGCAGACUUUGAUUCUGACUCCGACAUCUCCACCUCAAGCUCCUGCUCCACGUACAGUGAAUCUGAGGAAGAGAUCAACAAUGACUUCGGUUAUGAGCUAUCAACAAAGAAGUUGGAGAAGAAGGAUAAGAAGAAGAGCAAUGUGUUGCUUGAAGGGUACGUUGAAGAUUCGCUGGUGAAUGAUGACUUGAAGAGGACCAAGAGUUUAACGGACGAUGAUCUCGAGGAGCUAAAAGGUUGUGUAGAUCUUGGUUUCGGGUUCAACUACGAGGAGAUUCCUGAGCUUUGUAAUACUCUACCAGCUCUUGAGCUUUGUUACUCGAUGAGUCAGAAGUUUAUGGACCAAGAUCAUCCUCACCAUAUUUCUUCGCCUGUGAAGAAGUCUAAGACGAUGGUUGAGUCACACGUUAGUCCAAUAGCUAGCUGGAAGAUCUCUAGUCCUGGGGACAAUCCUGAUGAUGUCAAAGCAAGGUUGAAGUUCUGGGCACAAGCAGUCGCAUGCACUGUGAGACUAUGCACUUGAGGAUAAGAAGAUGGACAACAAACAUAACUCUCAUGAGCUGCUCAGAUAUGUACAAAAAGAUUUUGGUAAUGAAAUUUGUUGUAAUGCAUUCUUGUAAAAGAGAACAUAAAUAAAGUUCUAUUCUUUUGAUGAAGAACA